AUGUCACGACCAUGGGACAACAAACCUUCUGGUGUUAUGAAGGCAUUGGUCCUUACCUCACCAGGAAAAGAGCCAGCUUCGGCCUGUUUCACCUACACGGAGUCGUACCCUAAGCCCACUCUCCCCGGACCGGGCUGGGUACUCAUUCGCAUUCGAGGUACAGGCAUAAAUCGUGCCGAACUCCGUGGCCGCGCAGGCGAACCUGCGUUCCCCGGAGAAUUUAGUCUUUGGCAAAAGUACUAUCAUCCAGAUCCGCCUAAGAUUCUAGGCGAAGAGUUGGUCGGUGAGAUCGUCGAAGCCGCGGAUGAUACACCGUUUAAACCCGGAGAGAAGGUCAUUUCUACCCACGCUGGCGGCGGCAAAGCAUUUGACGGAUCAUAUGCCGAAUAUGCAAUCUGCCAUUCGCGUCGAGUCUAUCAUUUACCGCAAGAAACGACUUUAAGCUGGGAUCUGUUAGGGUCGUUAGGAAUGAGCUACCUGACCGCCUAUGGAAUGGUUAUAAUCUCUGGGAGAUUGGGCGGUAGACCAAAAGGAUCUUCCGUUAUCGUCCACGGAGCCACUUCAUCGGUAGGCGUUUUCGCAAUCCUGAUCGCAAAAGAUCAUGGUGCCACUGUGAUUGCAACGACGCGUCAAUCGAAGAAGGUUGAGCACCUCAAAAAUUGUGACGCAGACCAUGUGCUCUUGGAUUCGGAGCUCAAUGAAAAGAUCCCACAAAUUCUGCCUGAUGGUGCAGAUCUUGUGGUCGAACUCGUCGGAGCGGAUCAGGCCAUGCGGGGCCUCGGAUGGACUGCACUGUUUGGCAGUGUCGUCGUCUCAGGCGUGCUGAACUCGUCUGCCGUGAUUGAGGGAUUCUCUCCUUUUCUCAUACCAACCACUCGCAACCUUACGUUCUACUCCGUCGCCAAUGAUGGUGCGGGUGACCACGAUACCGGAGCUAGGCACAGCGACCUUGAACCAGUAUUCGCAUAUGCCGUGAAGAACAUCGAGAGCGGGAAGUGGAAGAAGGAGCAGUUUAUAGACAGUGUCUACCAUCUCCCCGACAUAGGCAAGGCACAUGAGUGCGCUGAAAAGAAUGAGGCUACUGGGAAGCUUGUCGUUUUGGUUCCGUAG